GAAGACACUUCCAACCAAGGAGGCAAGUUGUAGCCGCGACAACAGCUAAAGUGUGGAAAGAACGGACUUAUACCAAAUAAGGCGGAAGUACCGCACGAUUUGCAAAAUUGUUAACUAAAGGAAAUUUUCAAAAAUGGCGAAAUUGGCAGCUAUUUUGUUGCAUUUGUUGCUGUUCAUUGCGUGUACGUGGAAAUUUGGAUACGCUACAGUACAGCCACGGGCACCCAAUUUCCAAUAUUUCGAGAGACCCAAGUACCGUUACCCUUACUAUGAUGAGAAUGGUCGAGGAAAGCUGCUCUAUGGCUACGGUGGCCCGGAUUUGUAUCAAUACAAAACAUAUACCCCACUGGAGGGUAUACAUUAGAAAAUUCUCCUUAUGGCAGUAAACCCCAUACAGGCGUAUACGUACAGUUAUACCUAAAAAUGCUA